AUGUCCAUGCUCGGUUUUGCCAUUAUUUUGCUGCUCGGUUUUCUCUUCAUUUGGUUGCAAACAAAGAAGGAAAGAGCUGCCAAGAAGUACACAGAAGUGAAAAAACAAAUUCAUCAAGAACCAAGAGCAAAGCUUAUCACUUUCCACGGCGAUCUUCCAUACCCAUCUUGCGAGCUUGUGGAGAAAAUCGAGUCUCUUGAUGAAGAGGACAUCGUUGGGUCCGGAGGAUUUGGUACCGUGUAUAGAAUGGUUAUGAACGACUGUGGAACUUUUGCUGUAAAAAAAAUCGACCGAGCAAGGGAAGGUUCGGAUCAAGUGUUCGAACGGGAGCUCGAAAUUUUGGGUAGCAUCAAACAUAUUAAUCUUGUCAAUUUAAGAGGUUAUUGCCGGCUUCCAACCGCAAAGCUUCUUAUAUACGAUUACUUGGCCAUGGGCAGCUUAGAUUAUUUUUUGCACGAUAGUUUAGCAGAAGAACGUUUGCUGAACUGGAAUGCACGUUUGAGAAUAGCUGUGUGUUCGGCUCGGGGAUUGGCUUACUUACACCACGAUUGUUCCCCAAAGAUAAUCCAUCGGGAUAUAAAAUCGAGCAAUAUACUUCUUGACGAGAAUCUCGUGCCUCAUGUCUCGGAUUUUGGUCUUGCUAAACUAUUGGUCGAUGAGGAUACACAUGUCACGACUGUGGUUGCCGGUACAUUUGGUUAUCUUGCUCCAGAGUAUUUGCAGAGUGGUAGAGCCACCGAGAAAUCGGAUGUUUACAGCUUUGGGGUACUACUCUUAGAGCUCAUAACCGGGAAACGACCCACCGACCCAUCUUUCGUUCAGAAAGGCCUAAAUGUUGUUGGCUGGGUAUAUGUCCUCAAAUUCACAAAUUCAUAA